UAUAUUUUCAGGAUUUUCUUUCUGGAUCAACAAUUUAGAGACUGUGCUAUUUAUUUAUUUUACAUUCACCAAUUAUUUAUUCGGUGAAGAAGUUCGAGCAGAAUUAUACGCUCGAGAAUACAACCAUGGAUAGCCGACAAAUAUCUUCCGCACAAGAGGAGGAAUUCACGUGCACUCAAUGUAUGGACUGUUUUGAAGAUCGUGACGCGUUGUUCAAACACGUUAAACUCGUGCAUCAACAACACGUGCAGUCAAGAAGAAAAUUCAGAUGCGACCACUGUCAAAAGACAUUUAAAUCUAUGAGUGGAUUAAGGAAUCAUUCAAGAACUCACUCGGAUUAUUUCGCAUUAAGUGCAGAGGUCCUUAAUGCGGGUAUUGAUGACACUGUUUCAUUCUAUAACACGGGUAGAACCAGAACAGUUGACGACUGCAAUUUAACAACUGAUUCAGAUUCCAUGCAAGAAAAUUACAAUGGCGGUAAUAGUGUUUUCAAAUUGGAUGAUAUUGUUUCUAGAAAUGCAGACAAUGUUGAACAUUCAGUGGUUAACAGUGCAUUCAAUUCAGAUAAAAUUGUUGAUAAUGUAAUCGUUGCUAUUUGUAAAAGAAGAAGAAGAAGUAGUAUUCCAGUUCCUAUCGGCAGAUCGCUGAUUCCAGACAGAAAAUCAAAAGAAUUGUUACCUAAAUUGAACGGAAAUUUAGGCGAGGAGAGCACCAAGAACAGUGACAAAACAAAUUCUUCUGAACAUCUCAAUGUCGGACAAGAAUCUAGGAUAAACAUACACGCUCUUAACGAAAAUAAUAUUCACAAAGCCAGUCGUGACGUUCAACAGACAGUGACAAUCAGUUCACCGUUUGGGAAAAAAUAUGCCCCGAAAACAGCUAAUCUGGUUACACCCAAGAGUAGAAGUAGAUCGCGUUCACGAACUCCUAGAAACAAGACAAGAACGCCAAGCAACGCAACGAGAACACCAAACAGCAGGACGAGAACACCAAAUAACAGAAUGAGAACACCACACAGUGGGACAAGAACACCAAAUAGCAGAAUAAGAACACCGAAUGGCGGAACGAGAACACCAAACAGUGGAAAACGCACGCAUCAAAAUAGAAAUGAUUAUAUCAGUAACGCAUAUAAUUGUAAGAAAUGCGGUAAAUCUUUUGUGGAUAAAUCAAAGUUGGAUGUGCAUUUUGCUGUGCAUAUCAGAGAAACUCCAGAGAAAUGUGGCAUUUCAAAGAAUUUACUAAAGAAAACGCCCACGCAUAAGAUGACGGAAUUUCAACGUGCCGACCAUCUACUCGACAAUAACGCAACGUUCUCGUGCAAAUUAUGUGCACGUACAUACGACAAGAAGUGUUAUCUUGACGCUCAUAUGAAAACCCACGACGCUGAAAUCCCAUUUAGCUGUACAUAUUGUGACAAAAAAUUCCGUUUUUUGUCAUCACUGAAAGCGCAUAGUUUUGUUCACUUGGAAGAAUCAAAAUUUCACGACUUUCACUUAAAAGCGUUAACAUCAAAAUAUCAAAGUACUGUCGGCGCAACACCUGCACUUACAGACGAUUCGAUGCAAAGGUCAACAGGACUGAAUAUAUUCACAAUUCUGCCACGAAAUGGUGACGAAAAUAUAAAUAGCCUGGUCAAUAUUGAUUUCCCUUUCUCGUGCAAAAUGUGUGAUUUCAAAACACGCGCGCCUUCAGAAUUGCUGUUUCAUAUCAAGUCACAUUCAAAUUCAGGAUCUUAUAAAUGUGCCCAUUGUUUCAAAGCAUACAGACUUCAGAAAAAUCUCAAAACACACGAGAAAGUUCAUACUAUAAAUAGAUUAAAACAUCUUUUAAUGGACAAUAGUAACAAAACAACUGGGACCUCCAGAACAAUACUCCAAAUCUGAGUAACUCAUUUGCUUAGAUAAUGUCCACGUAGUUUGUAUAUAUAUAUUUCC